AACCUUCUACAAAUUCAAAACCUCACUCACUUCAGCUCAGUAGUACUAACUUUUCUACAUGCUUUCGCCGUCGAUUCUUGAUGUUGCUGCUUCCGACCAAACCCGCAUCUCCAAUUUCAUUUCCUCCGCCUCUAAAUCCAUGACAACCUUCCAACCCACCUCGUCCGCACACUCUGCGGUCAAAUUUUCAGAGCAAAUCACCACCGUGACAAAACCCAUGAUCCAGGAACCCGAUAACCCGAACCCAGUCCCGCCAAAGCUCGUCCGGAUCAUACUCACGGACGCCGACGCCACCGACUCCUCCAGCGACGACGAAGACAGCGGCGUACGCAGAGUCAAACGACAUGUCAGUCAGAUCAGCCUCGAGCUCUCCUCGCCUUCCUCUUCCUCUCCUUCGUCUUCGUCGUCGUUUUCUUCGGGUCAGUCGAAGAGGGUCAGGAAAGACCCGAAACCCGUGAAGCGAACCGGGUCGAAGUCGCCGGCAAUGGAUGCAUCGCGCCAGAAAAAGUUCAGAGGCGUACGCCGGCGGCCUUGGGGUCGAUGGGCUGCGGAGAUCCGAGAUCCGAAUCGUAGAAAACGGGUCUGGCUCGGAACCUUCGACACAGCGGAGGAAGCCGCCAGUGUUUACGACAGAGCUGCCAUCCUUCUCAAGGGUCCAGACGCCGUCACCAACUUUUCUAACGCCGUUACAACGGAAGAGAAAGUCGUUGCCGAUGUGGUGGUCCCAGCUGCGGAGGAGGGAUGCGGGUGCGUAUUGCCACCGUCCAGCGAGGCUCUCUCGUCGCCCACCUCUGUCCUCCGUUACGAGGAGCAAACGCCGUUUGAUGGUUUUAUUUACGGAGACGUUGACGACUUCGUGUUUGAUAUCGACUUGCCGUUAAGCUUUCCAGAUAUUAUGUUGUCGAGUAACAACUUUGUGCGUGACGAGUUCGGCGAGUUUGACGUAAACGAUUUCUUAGCUGACGUCGUAAGUUGAACCCAGUACGAUACACGUGUCAACUCCAGUUGGGCAGGAUUAUUUUGUAAUUUCACUUGGGACUGUGCUGCAAUUCAAGUGAAGUGAGUUUUGUAGAGUGGCACAAGCAGUGCAUGGAAUACCGAAAAUGCCCUACUGAGUGUGAUAUACAAUGACUACGAGGAUAGCCGAUUAUCAAUAAUAUAUACGGCGGUUUUGUGAGAA